UCACACUCCACGCUCUUAAUCAUAGAUUAGACGAUUUGCCUUACACCAACGCAAUUUCGUCGUUAUCCAAUUACCCCUUGUCAUAUUCUCAGCCCACUUGUACAUACGCUGCCGUUAUGUUUAUGAGAGCCACCACCAGAAACAAGUUCACAAACUCGUUGUUCACCACCACGUUCGCGAUUGCGUUCACGUUGGUUGGAUUAAACUCCGUCAUUCCAUGUCCUAUUGACCAGAAAAACAUGGCCAACGACUCCGUCUCCCCGUCCGAGGUUGCCGCGAAGAAGCAGGGCCCGGUCGUAUCUGCCUUCUCUGACAUAAAGGACGUUUACUCUUCCAAGGAGGCCACAGAGAUCGAAGUUAAGGAAGUCAAAGAGGUAUUCCAGAAGCAAGUGAUUGCCGAUCCAGAAGAUGCUACGACCAAAGUCCAGGAAACCCCAAAGAGAAUUUUGGCAGAAGCGACUGAAAGCUUGUCCAAGAAGGUGAAGACAGACGAAGAGCUUCCAGCGACGCAAGUUAUUGAGGCAGAUGUCACUACCGUUGAAACCUCUGUGGAAACUAAAGCCUUGACGGAAGCCGAUGUCCCAACCUCUAGCAAGGCGUUGGCAGCUGGCCCCAUCCCAUAUGCCGCGUUGUGCAAAGUCUUUGAAAAGAUCGAAGACGAGUCUGGCCGCUUGAAAAUCACUGCCUACUGCACCGAAUUUUUCCUCGAGGUUCUCCAAUCCAACCCCUCCAAACUCGUGCAAAUAACCUACUUGUUCAUCAACAGAUUGGGCCCAGACUACGAACCAGGUUUAGAGCUAGGACUUGGGGAAACCUUGCUCAUCAAGGCAAUCGGCGAAAACUACGGCCGCCCAGCGGCAAAAAUCAAGGCGGACUUCCACGAGACGGGCGAUUUGGGGAUUGUGGCCGAACAGAGUCGAGCCUCGCAGCCCACCAUGUUCAAGCCCAAGCCGUUGGACGUCGAUACGGUCUUCAAACAGCUCACCGCGAUCGCGCGUUCCACGGGAAAGAACUCCCAGGGCGCCAAAAUCAGCAUCAUUGGGAAGAUGUUGACCGCUUGUAGCGGCACUGAGGCGCGUUUUUUGAUCCGCUCUUUAGAGGGAAAAUUGCGCAUCGGGUUGGCGGAAAAGACCGUGCUAAAUGCGUUGGCUGCGUCGUUUGUGCAGUAUGAAGCGGCCAGAGACGCCAAAAAGCAGUCCCCACGACAGAUGGAAGAGCUGCUAGCCAAGGCUGAGGAUAUGAUCAAGGAUGCGUUCUGCCAGGUGCCGAACUACGAGAUUGUCAUCACGAAUGCCUUGCAGUACGGAAUCUUUUCGCUCAGCAAACACUGCACUUUAAAGCCGGGGGUGCCGUUGAAGCCGAUGUUGGCCAAACCUACAAAGUCCAUUACCGAGGUAUUGGAUCGUUUCCAGGGUGAAGAGUUCACCUGCGAGUACAAGUACGACGGGGAGCGCGCGCAGGUGCACUUACUCGACUCUGGUGAGGUCAAGGUGUACUCCCGAAACUCCGAAGACAUGUCGCAGCGGUACCCGGACAUUAUCGAUGCGGUGAAACACUUCCUCAAGCCGGAUGUGUGUACAACGAGCUUAAUUUUGGACUGCGAGGCGGUUGCGUGGGAUCGCGAAGCCCAGAAGAUCUUGCCGUUCCAAGUCUUGUCGACGCGUAAGCGCAAGGACGUGGAGGAACGUGACAUCAAGGUACAUAUCUGCUUGUUUGCGUUCGACAUGUUGUGUCUCAACGGAGAGCCGUUGAUUAUGAAAUCGUUGGCCGAGAGAAGGGGCCUUAUGGAGAGCGUUCUCAGUCCCGUUGAGGGAAAGUUCCAGUAUGCCACCACGAUGAACACCUCGUCGAUCGAAGAGAUUCAGGUGUUUUUGGACAAAUCAGUCUCGUCGGCGUGCGAGGGGUUGAUGGUGAAGAUGCUUAAUGGCUCUGAGUCGGGGUACGAGCCGUCCAAGCGGUCGCGCAACUGGUUAAAGUUGAAGAAGGAUUACCUAGCAGGGGUGGGCGACUCCUUGGAUUUGGUGGUGGUUGGUGCUUACAUCGGCAAGGGGAAGCGAACCGGGUCGUACGGGGGGUUCCUCUUGGCAACGUACAACCCCGAUACCAGCGAGUACGAAACCACGUGUAAGAUCGGUACCGGGUUUUCAGACGAAGACUUGGCUGCCUUGUACCUGAAGUUGUUUCCAACCGUGAUUUCCCAGCCAAAGUCGUACUACGUGUACGAUACAACCAACGGAAACGCCAAGCCGGAUGUAUGGUUUGAGCCAACCACCGUGUUUGAGGUCUUGACCGCGGACUUGUCGUUGUCGCCAAUCUACAAAGCGGGGCACAAUGUCAUGGGCAGAGGGAUAUCCCUCCGUUUCCCGCGCAUGCUCCGCGUCAGGGACGACAAAGGCACCGAAGACGCCACUUCCAGUGAUCAGAUCAUCGAGAUGUACGAGAGACAGGCGUCGUUGAACUAGAAUGUGUUAGAUAGGGGCUAGUCAAAUAAUGGACGGGAUGGUAUCGGAACACUGGACUAACACUCAGCCAAUGGGUUGUUGCGUAUGCACAAUGGGGGGUGUAUUUGGUCAGACAAAAUAUCAAAUUUUUAGCAGGAAGUAUUCUAAAGUUAUGCAACGGCUUACGUGUGUCUUUCCAGGGUUUGGCCGCUUAGUAUCUCUGCCAUGGACUUAGUCUUUCCGUGACAUCCACCCGGGAGAGCAAGGGAAUGUAUCAUACAUAUUCUGAAGCGAAUAGAUAUAAAUAAGUCGCCUAAACCGUUUGCUUUAUCGACUCCAGAAACUUCGAUGCUUUCACCAUGGCUUGCGUUAUUCCAAGGUUAGGGGGGGUGAAACCGCUCUUUACCAUGUACAGCUAUAUAUCUAACAGUCUAUUUGCU